AGUACUAGUACUAAGGUAUAUAUGUGCUGUAUCGUCCGGUUUGUACCCCAGUGGUUGUUCUCCAGACGCUGAGCAACGUCCUUAGGUGGCGUGAAUAUGAUAGCGGUUCUCCAGACGUUGAGCAACAUCCUUUGGCUGCUACUUUCAAUUUCAAUAACGUCAUUAUCAUCUUCAACCCAGGGGACCAGACCCCAUACUUCGACCGACGAUCACGAGUCACCCAAUCACAAGGAGUCACUUCAGAUCUUGCAUGAGAUGGAGGAUACGACGGGCAUAGAUGCACAAGCUCUCGGUGCCUUCCAACCGGGGACGGGAAAUGCCAGAGAGAAGCUUCAAUGGCAUCUACGCAUGCCACGACUGUGCCAGGCGGCUCCUCCAGGAGAUCGUGGCGGGGUCAGGCGAUAUCUCUCUCCUCGACUGGGUCGGACGAUCCUCUGAGUUCAAUAGUGGUACUUCCAGCUGAUAUUGCGUCAUAUGCAGCUCCUCCAAGUGCCCUCCCAUAUCUGUCUGAAGACUGAGAAUCAGACAGCGGUCUCUUCGCUUGCAAUAUGCCGUCGCCGUUGAUCAGGUUUCGAAACUUUAUACCCUGUUGGAGAACCUAAACACUACUCGCUUUGCGCACCGCAGACUGCAUUUGCCUUGCAUCU